GCCAGUCCGUCUGGGUCUCAUUCCGGCGAUGGGCGAUGGAGUCAGGAAUCCAGCACGUUCUGAAAAGUGGGGUCGCAUGCGGUUUUGAUCCUGAAAAACGAGAGUCGCGCCCCACCCCACACUCUUACCCCGAAAAGGAAUCCUCUACUCUGCUGCGCACUAGUGCCAAGAGAACACCGCGCUUCUGCCUAAACCGUCUCCAAGCAUCAGAAGGCGCGGAGCCUUCUCUGACGUCCAGGCAGGCACCCUGGGCUCCCUGAUUCCCAGAGCCACCCUCGUUCCGCAGGUGCCAAUUGGGUGAUUCAGGGGCACCCAUCUUCCCAGCCCGAGCAAAACCCGGAGAGGUGGAAUCGGUCGCCAGGAGCGCCAGGGCGGCCACUGGGCAUGCUCUGUCGUCGGACAGGUUCGGGGCUGCCAGCGGCGGUGCGUUGUGCCGGUCCUACUGUUCCUCCCCAGGGCGGGUGCGCGAUGGCGGCUGCGAGCGCCUGCGAGAGCAGCGGUGGCAGCAGCGACACGUCCAGCACGGGCGAGGAGGAGCGGAUGCGGCGACUCUUCCAGACGUGCGACGGCGACCGCGAUGGGUACAUCAGCAGGAAUGACUUGCUGAUGGUCUGCCGACAGCUGAAUAUGGAAGAGUCGGUGGCUGAGAUCAUGACCCAACUGGGCACAGACGAAAGCGGGAAGGUAUCCUUCCAGGACUUCACAAGGUGCCACCGGCAGCUGGUUCAAGAAAUCCGGAAGGAGGAAAUGGACCUUUCCCUGAAGCCAGGCAAGUGCAGCCAAGGGAAGCUGAGGGAUAGAAUCGCAUCCUGGCCCACAAGCAGUGACAACAGCUUGGGUGCUUUGUCAGCCGCCAGGGAGAACUGGGAGUAUGAUCCCGGUGCCAGAGACCUCCAGAGCCCAGACUUGCAGAGCCGGCUGCCCUUCCAGAAGCUGCUGGAGUGUGGUGGAAGCUCUUUGCCUGAGCCAGCUGUCCUCCACAAGCUUCUCACACAACCUCCGCAUGUUGGCACCUCUACGGGCGGAAGCUAUCUAGAGCUGGCCCGCACUCUCCACUUGGCAGCCCUGGCAUCACUCAAGGGAGACAUAGUAGAGCUGAAUAAACGUCUACAGCAAACAGAGCGGGAACGAGAUCUUCUGGAAAAGAAGUUGGCCAAGGCGCAGUGCGAGCAGUCCCACCUCAUGAGAGAGCAUGAAGACGUCCAGGAGCGCACAACCCUUCGCUAUGAGGAGCGUAUCACAGAACUCCACAGCAUCAUUGCAGAGCUCAACAAGAAGAUAGACCGCCUGCAAGGCACCACCAUCAGGGAGGAAGAUGAAUACUCAGAACUGCGGUCAGAGCUCAGCCAGAGUCAACAAGAGGUCAAUGAGGAUUCCAGAAGUAUGGACCAAGACCAGACCUCUGUGUCCAUCCCUGAAAACCAGUCCACUAUGGUCACUGCUGACAUGGAUAACUGCAGUGACCUGAACUCGGAGCUGCAGAGGGUCCUGACGGGGCUGGAGAGUGUUGUCUGCGGCAGGAAGAAGAGCAGCUGCAAUCUCUCUGUAGCCGAGGUGGACAGGCACAUCGAGCAGCUCACCACAGCCAGCGAGCACUGUGACUUGGCCAUUAAGACAGUUGAGGAGAUUGAGGGAGUUCUUGGUCGGGACCUGUAUCCCAACCUGGCUGAGGAGCGGUCCCGGUGGGAGAAAGAGCUGGCUGGAUUGCGGGAAGAGAAUGAAAGUCUGACAGCUAUGCUGUGCAGCAAGGAAGAGGAGCUGAACCGGACCAAGGCCACCAUGAACGCCAUCCGUGAGGAGCGGGACAGGCUCCGGAGAAGGGUCCGAGAGCUCCAAACUCGACUGCAGAGUGUCCAGGCCACUGGACCUUCUAGCCCUGGUCGCCUCACUUCUGCCAAUCGGCCGAUCAACCCCAGCACCGGAGAGCUAAGCACCAGCAGUAGCAGCAAUGACAUCCCCAUCGCCAAGAUUGCUGAGAGAGUAAAGCUAUCAAAGACAAGAUCUGAAUCGUCAUCUGAUCGGCCAGUCCUGGGGUCAGAAAUCAGUAGCAUUGGGGUUUCCAGCAGCGUGGCAGAACACCUGGCCCACUCUCUUCAGGACUGCUCCAACAUCCAGGAAAUUUUCCAAACACUCUACUCACACGGAUCUGCCAUCUCUGAAAGCAAGAUUCGAGAGUUUGAGGUGGAAACAGAACGGCUGAAUAGCCGCAUUGAGCACCUCAAAUCCCAAAAUGAUCUCCUCACCAUAACCCUGGAGGAAUGCAAAAGCAAUGCCGAGAGGAUGAGCAUGUUGGUGGGAAAAUAUGAAUCCAACGCCACAGCGCUGAGGCUGGCCUUGCAGUACAGUGAACAGUGCAUAGAAGCCUAUGAACUCCUACUGGCACUGGCUGAGAGCGAGCAGAGCCUCAUCCUGGGGCAAUUCCGGGCAGCUGGCGUGGGCUCCUCCCCUGGAGACCAGUCAGGGGAUGAGAAUAUCACGCAGAUGCUCAAGCGGGCUCACGACUGCCGGAAGACCGCGGAGAAUGCCGCCAAAGCCCUGCUGAUGAAGCUGGAUGGCAGCUGCGGGGGAGCCUUCGCUGUGGCUGGCUGCAGCGUCCAGCCCUGGGAGAGCCUGUCCUCCAACAGCCAUACCAGCACCACCAGCUCCACAGCCAGCAGCUGUGACACGGAGUUCACUAAGGAAGACGAGCAGAGGCUGAAGGAUUACAUCCAGCAGCUCAAGAACGACAGAGCGGCUGUCAAGCUGACCAUGCUGGAGCUGGAGAGCAUCCACAUCGACCCGCUCAGCUAUGACGUCAAGCCCAGGGGCGACAGCCAGAGGCUGGACCUGGAGAAUGCCGUGCUGAUGCAGGAGCUGAUGGCCAUGAAGGAAGAGAUGGCUGAGCUGAAGGCACAGCUGUACCUGCUGGAGAAAGAGAAGAAGGCCCUGGAGCUGAAGCUAAGCACGAGGGAAGCCCAGGAGCAGGCCUAUCUGGUGCACAUCGAGCACCUCAAGUCCGAGGUGGAGGAGCAGAAGGAGCAGAGGAUGCGGUCUCUGAGCUCCACAAGCAGCAGCGGCAAAGAGAAGCCUGGCAAGGAGUGUGCUGAUGCUGCCUCCCCAGCUUUGUCAUUGGCUGAAGUAAGGACAAGCAGUGACAGUGACCUGGCCACAGAGUUUGCCAGUGCCAUCCGACGGGAGAAGAAACUGAAGGCCAGAGUUCAAGAGCUGGUCAGCGCCUUGGAGAGACUCACCAAAAGCAGUGAGAUCAGACACCAGCAGUCAGCAGAGUUUGUUAAUGAUCUGAAGCGGGCCAACAGUAACCUGGUGGCUGCCUAUGAGAAAGCAAAGAAGAAGCAUCAGAACAAGCUGAAGAAGUUGGAAUCUCAGAUGAUGGCUAUGGUGGAGCGCCACGAGACCCAAGUGAGAAUGCUCAAGCAAAGAAUAGCUCUGCUGGAGGAAGAGAAUUCCAGGCCACACACCAACGAAACCUCGCUUUAACAGGCAAUCAGGCCCUGAAGUCCUGCCCCAUGGGGCAAAAACUCCAGCAGCUCCGAAGUCCUCUGCAGAGAAAGGGCCCAAGGAAGGGGAACACUGCAUCGAGGUCACGGGCUCCACUCCUGGCCUGAGUGGUCAGGAUGGCACUGUGGAUUAUGGAUGCACAGGCUCCCGAUGCUCCAGGACUGGCCACAAAGGGCAUCGGCAAUGGCUCCAGCUAAGUGCAUUGCCAUGUCGUUUCUGUUCUUACCGCUCAAGUUCUCACUUGCUCUGUAGCGUUUCGGUUUAUGUGGAUUCCUGAGCCUUUUUUUUUUUUUAACUUUUAUUUUUAUUUUUUGCUUUUCAUAGACUUUUUUUUUUUUUCAACUUCCUCCUCCAAGGGGAAGGUGACAAGUGUUUUGUGUGUCUCCAGCAUCUAGGACUGGCAGUCCAUCACAGCAAGGCUCUGGCUUCCAGGUCCUAGGGCACCAGAUUCCUGAGAUACAAUCAAAUAGAGGGGUUAGUUGGGAGUGACAGAUCAUAGGAUGGCACAGCGUCACUGGUCAUCCCAGACACACCAGUUUCAAAUAGAGCAUUGUCAAGGCUGUGUGUAGAUAGUUCUGCACUGGACAAAAACCAGCUCUUUUUAUUUUACAGCAAAGGCUGGGAUUGAAGCUGUUUUAAUUCUUGUCUAAUACGCUUGACGUAUGUAGUGAAGCCAAGAUUUUACCAGGGGUUUCUUCCAGGGCAGAGAAGAAAGCUCUAUUAGUUCUUUCCCAGUCCCAGGGCACUGCAGUUCCUAUUCUGAAUCAAAACCUGGCUACUAGAGUACCUGACUCUCUAAGGGCAAGAGGCUGUGCACUGUUGGACACUGAGGAGACCCUUAAUGUUGUACAAGAUGGUUCCUACCUAUUUAAUAGAGUGCCACUGAACCUUCAGUCCCCAACAUCAUGAAGGGGAUUGGGCAAAGGAAUGGCUGAGAGGCUUCCUAUUCUGUCCCCUCUAGAUGCGGUGAUCUCAAACAAAAUGGUGGCUGGGAGACACGACCUACGUACCUACACUCCUCUAGGGAGGCAUCCUUGAGUCCUGUUUUCUGCUGUAGCCUUCACCAUUUUACCUUCUGCUGUUCAGGUAUUUAUGGGCACAAUUAAAGAACAGCUUGGCUCUUUUUCACCUGUAGCCCCCAAUAUGCUACCCAACUGUUACGGGAAAUGGGUUCUACUCUGGGUGAACGAGAUGGAAGACGCUGAGCCUAUGACCUUGGUGGUGCUGCAGACUCCAGCUAAGUUUCUCAGCCUUCUGGGCACAAGGGAAAGAUGCUCGGGCCUUCCACAGUGGCUAGCCCCCAAAGCUCGACAGCCCUUCGUUCUCAGACUAGUGCCAAGCUCUAUUCAUCCUUCAGACAGACAUGUGACUGGUUUGAGUCAAGGCCUAGCUCUUGAGUGUUGAUGGCGUUCUAGUCUUUUGUCAGUACCUGUGCCCCAUUUUCUCAGUGUUCACUCCUGAGGUAAAGGUGUAACAUCUACUGGCCCCCCCCCCCCCCCAGCACCGCAGUCAGUUUCUCAGCCAUCUUCAGGAACUGCCUGCCCCCAAGCAGGCAAACUGGGCUGGGCGCGGCUGUCCUGACUGAGACACCACAUUCCAGGUAAGGGAUGAUUGCCGGGCUUCCUGUUCUGUCCACCUAGAUGCAGGGAACAGCAUUUGCUACUCUGAUGAAUCACAAUCAGGAUGCUUAACUGGAAGGGGAAGCUGAAGCAGGGAUGCUAGUCGGCCUGCUGAGAACCUAGGCUUCUAGGUCUAUAGUUCCUCCACAGAAAAAGACCCAAAGCAACAAUCCUACCAGGCCUUAGUCCGAGUUUCCAAGUAAAUAAAUAUAUGGUGACUUAUAAAAACCAUGUGCCAGGCUAAAAUGCCACAUUUUUAAAUAAGUGGUAUAGGGUUAUGCAAUCUUUUCCUUGUAAUUUUCAAUCUUUGAGGGUUGAAGCAGCAGACAUCUGAUUGUGUGAAUUGUUGCACUGAUUAAAUACACGACAGCAGGUGCCUGAGUAAUUUUUCUUUUUGUUUAACCUGGCUCUUCCAAACCUACUUUUAAAUAGGAAAUGGUUUCCAUUAACAUGUUAUUAUGGUGAACAAAAUUAUCUUUAUUUUAAUUUCUAUGAGGCGUAAAGCCUUCAGAAUUUCUUAUUUUUGAAACGCCACCACCAGCACCCAAAGUCUUUAGUGGUCUCUCUCUUUAGGCAGUCACUUUUGCUAAAGCCAAUUUUGGCUCAUAAGAAAAUAAGCAGAGCACACAGGUCCAUGAGGAACCACUUGAAGGUUACUUUGAUCUAUACUCCCCAUUCUGAGCCGAGGCAGACAAACCCAAGUAGGGCAGCAGUCCUAGGAGACAACAUCCAUCCAUAGCUGACUCUGGUCUGCAGCUGUGGCCUCAUGUGCACCAGCCACACUUGCCCUGUGACAUGAAGAGUCUACAGUGGACUCACAGUUAAGACUGUCAUGGGACAGACAAUCAGACAGCUGAGGUCCAUUUUAUCCUUAGCUCUGUAUCAUACAUACUCAAGGUCUAAGUGAAUGUCACGUGACCCAUGCCCAUCUGCUGACGUGGCACAUUUCCUAAUAUGUGUGUGUAGCCUGACACUUUAGGUUUUGCUAGCCAAGGUGCUUAGUCCUCCUUUCAAAUGUGUGUACUUACAAGGUCUUCCUGAGCUGUAGCGAACUUUGCAAGGGCUUUGGAAAACUCUGAAAGGGAGCUUUGGCAUGGUUCUAUAAAAAAACAGUUCAAGCCACAGCCAUAGGUUUUAUUUAUCCCAAAACGUGUUAAGGGGCUGAGUAACCUUACCACCGUGAGGGAAACAGACUACUGGAUGUCUUCUAAUUCCUACAGACAUUACCUGAACAUGGGAAGGGGGAAAUAUCUUAGUUUGCUGCAGGGCUGGAAUGCCUGUAGCACUGGCACGAACUGAGAACCACCAGGCUUCUGUAUUUCUGUAUCCCCCUAUGCACUGUGCCCCCCCACAUCAAAAAACUAUAUGCAAUGAUUUAAGUUGUGUGAACUACUUCAGAGCUACCAGGAGUCCGGGUUAUCACUUCAUGUUUUAAGUGAAAGGCAGAGAAAAGCAUCAAAAUAGUAACAAAACCCCCACUAUUUGUCAAAACACUUCCUCCCAUAAAUGCUUUCAAUUAUGAAUGUUUAACUCAGAGUAUGUCCCAGUCAUCAUACGAACACAGUGCCCUAAGUAAAACAAGCAAACAACACCAGUGUUCCCUCAGCGUACAGUGUCAACUACUGAAUUACACUUAUUUUUUUAGAGGCCAACAGAGAACAAACUCACUGUUAGCUAGAAUUUCUGCCCUCAGAAAUGGUCCUAGGGAGGGAGCAGGGUACAAAAGCUUAAGUAGCAUUAGUAUUUUCUUUCUAUUUUACACUGUAGCUUCUAGAACAAGAUCUAACUUGUGGGAAAAAAAUCAGCAAUUAAUUUUGUGUUCAGCAAUAGAACAGCUUGCAAAUUCUGUAGAGCAGGCAUGGCUUGCCAUAAAAACAUCUCUACCUUUGAGAUGUGUGCACAAAUGAACCCGUGUUUAUACAUAGAUCAGGUUGAAGUCUCUGAACCUGUGGCCUCCUAUUUCACUUAGCUUUAUUUUCUAAACACCUUUGCACUCCUGCCAAUAGUCUAUCUGACCUGAGAUGCUGUGACCCUGGCAUACCUGAGCACUCUUUACAGAGGAGGACAUUUUCAUAUAUAGGCAAGUGCUACAAUUUUGGUCAUCUAGUAUAAUAAUAACACAUCAUCUGAUAUCUCACAAAUGUUUAAAAAUAAAAAAAGCUAGGUCCCAGAAUCAAUGAUAACACCCAGGAGCUAGCAUUUGAUCUUCCCAACCUCUCAUCUGAUAAUUACUGACCAGGCCUGCUCAUCCUAAGUUCUGUAGAAAACUCCACACCCAUACAGACGCUCUGGUUAGAUAAUGUUUCUGUUCUAUUGUUCACCUUUUGGAAAAUAUUGUUUGUCGAGUCUGUAGCGUUCCUUUGCAAUGCUCCGGUCAGGACACCCCCCCUUAAGAGCCCUGAGAGCCAAACUUUGUCAG